AAAAAAAAAACGUGCCAUCAUCAUGUUGCGACAGCCAUUUCUCUCCAGUCGGUGGAGACGAGCAGAGCUGGCGGCUGCUGGAGAAGAGGCUGCGAGCGGCGGAUCAACACACACACAGGACUCACACGCUCCGUGGCCUCGGUGGACGUUGUUUCUCCUCCCUCCUGUGAUAAUCGAAAGGGCCGUCCGUCGUGUUGUCUCCCACUGAAGCAACCAAAACACUCAGCUAACGUUAGCCAGCUAACAUCACACGAACUUGGCUGGUGGAGGCUAGUUAGCAGGUGCUAGCUCCAAACACUGGCUGCUGGAGCUGCUGCUGGUGGGAAACCAAGAGACGAAGGAGCAGAGGGACCCUGUGGCGUUAGCUUCACCAAGCUCCAGAGAGGAUAUCUCGGUUUGGAUACACGACCCAUUAAUAAAAAAAAAAAAAAAAAAAAGGGAAUCACCAGGAGAGGCCUGGUUGUCUUUUGUUCAUCACAACAUCUCCUGAGAGCCUCCCACCUACCACCUUCACUGCCCCUGGCUCAGUCGGUGGCUCAGCACCACUUCAAAGGGGAAGGUCUGCGGAGCUGCAGAUAACACGCUGUACCCCCAAGCACCGACAGGCUUUUUCAGAGCCCCUACACAGUGCCUCGACUGACAGGAAAGAAUCAGCCCUUAGAGUGGGACCUGGAGUGGAGAAGACCAAUUGUGGCCUGAACAAAGACAGACAGAGAGAACUAAUGCCAAGCCCUUCUCCUCCUCAGACAGCCUAGCGAAGGUCCAGGAGGUAGCAAGCUGGCUUUUGGAAAUGAACCAGGAUCUGCUGUCGGGGGGCAGCAGCAGCAGGCGGAGUCGAGGGCCGGCGGGUCCGGCAGUGCGAGGUAACGCCUCCUCCACGGCCCGGGCACCUCAGCAGGCAGCAGAGGAGGGUGAUGAGGAUGAGCACAUCAACCGGGUAGUAGAGGAGGAAGAGCAGCUGCAGCAAAGGCCUGAGGCGUCGCAGGUUGAUGGAGAGAGAGAACCACCAUGGGCGCCAAGUGAGUCGGGAGCCAGCAACGGCCCUCGGGGAGAUGAGGAGGGGGAGGAGGACGAGGAGGGCCCUCCAAACGAAGUGAACGGAGGAGAGAAAGGAGCUCGAUGGAUGUGGGGGGCCGAGCAGAGGCGGCUACGGGGCCAGCCGCUGGGCGAGGAAGACGAGGAGGAGGAGGAGGAAGAGGAGGAGAACAACAACAGCAGCAGUCAGCACGAGGAGGAGGAGGCGGAGGAGAGGACAGAGGGAGGGGAGGAGCAGGGAAGGGAGGAAGAGGAGAGGGAAGAAGGCGAGGAGGAAGAGGAGGAGGAUGAGGACGAGGAGGAGAUGGACCAAGACAGCGAUGACUUUGAACAUUCAGAGAGUGGGAGGGAGGAGGAAGAGGAGGAGGAAGGAGAAGGGGAGGAAGGGCUGCGGUCUCCCUCUCUCAGGAACAAUGUGUCUGUCCCCAAUAACAACCUGGACUCCGGUUGUACACACCAAAGCUCUUCCAACAAGAAGGUAAGCACAGCUGUUGUUUGUUGGACACUAUGUAAACGGUUCAGUGAAGCCUCCAGAGAUGACAGGGACACUGUUUCCCUGAAGAUAUUUGAUGUACCUCCACUGUAUUUGAGCAAAGGCAGACAUCUCAGAAUGAUAUCUAUGUCUUAG